AUGGAGAAUUUAACAGGAGAGGAUCUAUACACUUGGUGUAUGCAAAAAGAAAAAAAUCCUAAAAAGUGCAUAGGUAUAGGUAGGGAUUUUUCAGAAUUUUCGGAUGAGGAAGUUAUAAGGACAAUUAUAGAUAAAUUGUAUGGGGUUAAAAGACCCAGGAUUGUAGACAAAUGGAGAGGAGAAAUAGCCAUAUUAAUAGAAGCUGAAAGGGAGUUAGACCCAUGUCUAAUACCGAUGAUGAUAAUGGCAAAUGAGGAAAUUGGGAGGCGAUGGUAUAUUAUUUGGCCUAAGAGAAAAUAUGAGGAAGCUAUUAAUGCGCACAUAUCUACUUCUGUUGAUACAUCUGGGAGGGAUAAUAUAAACAAUAAUAUGCAAGGAAAUGGUGAAAAUGUAGAUGGGUCGCAGUUUGAAACUAUGGUAGAUAGAGUGGUUACCCAGUUGGAACGCUGGCACUACGAAGGGAGUUAUAGGAGAUUACGGAUAUUCUCAGGGAUAGUGCCUGCACCUUUAGGCGAAGAAACAUAUGAAGCCUGGAAAGAAGCUGCUGUACAGCAAGCAGAGGAGUGGCAGUGUCCAGACCAAAUAAAAAGGCAGGGAGUAGUAGAAAGCCUAAGGGGACCUGCCAUGGGAAUAAUACAGGCAGCUAGACAAAGUAAUCCACAGGCCACUCUUGAAACAUAUUUUGAGGCUUUAGAUUAUGCCUACGGCACUUUGGAGGAUGUGGGAGAUUUAACAUCCAGGUUGCACCACACUUUUCAGGAGCCUGGAGAAAAGUUAAGUGCAUACUUAAUUCAACUAGACAAACUCUUAUACAAAAUAGUAGAAAAGGGUGGAAUUGCCCGAGACGAAGUAGAUAGAAACAGAAUGAAACAGCUACUGAGGGGGGCACUGACAGCUGAUUCGGUAGCCCAGAAAAUACGAUGUUCUGGAAUAAGGGAACCCUCCCCCACUUUUAAUGAAUUAUUAAAAGAAAUAAAACAAGAAGAAGUACUAAUUGAAAUGAGAGAAAGAACGGUAAAAAAGGUUAAGGUUGUCCAACCCUCUGUGGAGGUCAACCCCUUUGAGGAAAAAAUAGUUAAAAUGAUAGAGGAACAGAACAAGAAACUGGAGGAGUUUAUGGCCUCUCAUGAGAGUAGAAGUUUAGAAAACUCCUCUCCUAGGAGUAAUAACAAUACAAAUAUAAGAGGAAUGGGGAGAGGAAAUAGCUAUACUAAUAGAGGAAGGGGAAGUUUUAAAUGUGGGAGGAUAGGACAUAGAGCUUAUGAAUGCAAUGUCAUUACUGAUAGAUCUUCUGCACGGGCCUCUGCAACUAACUCCAACACUAAUAGGGAUGUUCUUUCUGGGCAGGAAAAUGAACAAGGGAGGACUAUGAACCCCGCACAGUCCCCCUAG